AUGAGGGUGUUCCACAAGAAGGCAGAGAAAGAAAACGGAAGAGCUUCCUCGAACAGACGACGAAACGUCGUCGCCGGGCAGGGGCGCAAAGCAGCAUACCGGAGGAUGAGAGAAGUGGUGAGGGAAAAAUGCCGAGGGAGAAAGCCGUUGAGGAGAGCAAAGGCGUGGCACUGUUGGGUUUGGCUAAGAGAACUGGCAUUGGAGACGAGGGUCCCAAGAAUAUCACAGCGACCGGCUGCUCUAGGCGUUGUAGAGGCUGCGGAAGAGGAAUAA